UCCUAAAAUCUGUUUCUUCCUCUGAAUUGUUUUGCUGUGUAGGCACACAAGAAUGUUUGGGAAGAGUGUGUACAGCAGAUCAAGGGAUGGUCUUCUUCACCUCUACUCUGCCCUAGUGAGACUUCCCUCUCUACUUUGCCCUGACUCUUUAAGGACCACCCUGAGACCCUGGAUCGCUUUGAAAAGUUCAAAGGCCUGAAGAGCCCUGAUCAGAUGAAGGGUUCUGAAGACCUGAAGAAACAUGGAGCUACUGUCCUUACCCAGCUGGGCAAAAUCCUGAAGCAGAAGGGUAAUCAUGAGGCAGAGCUGAAGCCCCUGGCUCAAACCCAUGCGACCAAGCAUAAAAUCCCUGUCAAAUAUUUGGAGUUCAUUUCUGAAGUCAUUAUCAAGGUCAUUGCUGAAAAACACGCUGCAGACUUUGGGGCUGAUUCCCAGGCUGCCAUGAAGAAGGCGCUGGAGCUGUUCCGAAACGAUAUGGCCAGCAAGUACAAGGAGUUCGGUUUCCAGGGUUAGCACAUACGCACAGAGGAGCAUCACCAUGGAGGCCUGCCCAUGCAUCUUAGAGUAGCUUCCCCAGCACCCUUUUGGACUUCCCAUAACUGGCUGUCCAAGAUGUGUGGGAAAGCUUUGAUGAGAGGCCAAGAGUCACUCCAGGCAGCAUAGAGGCACUCAGAGCGAUAUCCAUGACAAACCAUCGUUUCCUGGCUUCAUGUAUAUGAGAGAAAUAAUCUGCUUUCUUAGGAAAAAUAAAAGAGUUAUCUGUGAGCUUCUGCCUAUCCUAUCCCCUUUUUUUUUUUCUUCCUCCCUGAAACUCAGUCUCAUCUGAGAGGUGAAUAGAAUGGCCAGAGAUGAAGGGAUAUGGAGGAACAAGGGCAACGUUGAGGAGUGUGGUGAACGGGAAAAUGAAGGGCUGACUCAGAUGGUGUGAAAGGGAUGUCAGGAUGGGGAGCAGGAGCAUGGCACCCUAUUCAUCCCAUAGGUGAGACUGUUGCUGUGGAGAGCUUCCAGUACAUCAUUGCCUUGCUCUGUGAGGGUGAAUACAGCCAGUCACUAGGAUCUGCCAGCUCUGAGACUGGCAAAAACUCACAUCAGCAAAACUGUAGAGAAGUUCCUCCUGUUAUCUGUAGCUUUCUGUAGCCACCACUGUGCAUCUGAAGUUGUGUUUCACUGGGAAGUGAAGUGUGUGUGCCUCAGAAAAUAAAAAU